CUUAGUGGAAUGGAAGAAUCUACCUACAGUAACUCUCUCCUUAUAAAAUAGAAGGUUUUAUUUGCCAAGACAAGAAACACACAGAGAAGAUGGAAGAGAGUCGAGACAUGGCGGAAGAGACAGAACACACCAGAUUCUCCAGAGAUGUCCACAGGAUCAUCGUCUUCGUCAAUGGCGGCAUUCUCGGGUUUCUCCAGCUCACGAGCCAGGCAACCACCUCCUCUCUUCUCGAUUCCAGCCUCUGUUUCUGGUCCCUCGCUCUGAUCUCCAUCCUUCUCCGCCUCUCCGAAUUCAAACUCCGAACUCCGGUUUUCCGCCGCUUCGUCGGAGACAUGAGCCAUUUGUUCGGAUCUCUCGCUGCUCUCGUUCUCAUCUCUGUCGUUUGUUCCACCUUUGCUCUGGUCCUUCUUCCUGUCUGGUUCCUUCGGCUCUUCGUCGUCGUCUUUCUAGUUUUCAAAGAGAUCUUCGUCAUCGUUCCGGAGGCAAACCAGUCCCAUGCCGGUCCAACCGACCCGUAA